AAACAUAGGUUAUCAGUAAUCAAUAUAACAUGUUUUUUCGUCGAUGUAAUAGUAACAAUUUAGUAAUACUACAAUAAAUUAUUUUAAAGUAACUAAUAUAUAGUUUAAAAGUCUAGAGUUAAAUUUAAACUAUUUUUUUCUUAUUUAUACAUCUAUUCAUAAGAAACCUUACAAUCAAACAUAUUAAUUUGUUGUGUUCUGAAAUAUUCAUAAUAGAAUAUGUUGCCUUACAUACGCAAUAUACAGAAACGUACACUACCAGCUGCAAAUAAAAUAAGAUUCACGCAAAUAUUCUCAAGGAAAAAUCAUUACUUGUCAAAACUCAGUUAUUAUCAUGGGAAAUCUACCGAAUCCUUGAAACCUUUUACAAUUGGUCAAGUUUUCAAUGAAGUUGUAGAAAAGAUUCCAGACCGUGAAUAUAUAGUCAGCCGUCAUGAGAACAAGAAGUAUACAUACGAGCAGAUGUAUAAUGAAGUCGAUAAGCUAUGUCAAAGUUUUAGUGUCAUUGGAUUAAGAAAUGGAGAUAGAAUAGGUGUGUGGAUGCCUAAUUGUAUGUUAUAUGUCUCAAUUACAAUAGCAGCAGCUCGAUUGGGUCUAAUAAUAGUAAGUAUUAAUCCUGCUUUUCAAAGUGAUGAAUUAAAACAUAGUAUAACACUUGUUGGGGUUAAAUGUCUCUUUACAAUGGAAAAAUUUAAAAGUCAAAAUUAUGCUUCAAUUUUUGAAAACAUAGAUCCAGAAAUAUGGAAUCGACCACCAAAUAUACCUAUAAAAUCUAAAGUAAUGCCAACACUUGAAACAAUUGUUUUCAAUACUGAAAAUAAUAUGAAGGGUGCUUACAAUUUGCAAUCGUUUUUUGAUAUAGGAGUAAAUAAAAAUUAUAAGGUUCCCAAUGUGCAACCGGACGAUGGUUGCAUAAUACAGUUCACUUCAGGUACUACAGGUAAACCAAAAGCUGCUCUUUUGAGUCAUUUUAGUAUUAUGAAUAAUGCUUAUUUUAUUAUGAAAAGACUUGGAAUUUUGAAUGAUAAAGAUAUAGUACAUAAAUUUUGCUGUCCGAUGCCAUAUUUUCAUAUAUUUGCAUUAUCAGCUGGUAUACUAGGAGCUUUAUUAACUGAAUCCACUGUAUAUUUACCAUCUGCACACUUUGAACCAAAAGCUACAGUUGAUGUUUUAUUAAACGAUAAAUCAACUAUUUUUUUUGGAACUCCAACAUUAUUUGUGGAUAUAAUGGAAAUUAUUGAAAAAAUGACUACUGAUAAAAGAGAAAAUAAUUUAAAAUUUGCUAUUACUGGAGGAGCUCCAUGCUCAACUGAUUUGAUGAAAAAAUUCAAAAGACUUUUUCCAAAAGUCAUAUUAACAUCAAUAUUUGGAAUGACUGAAACUAGUCCAUGUACUUUUCAAAACUUUUCAAAUGAUUCAGAAGAGAAAAUUUUAAAUACUGUGGGAAUUAUACAAGAUCAUGUUGAAGCUAAGGUAAUUAAUAAAAAAAGUGAAAUUGUACCUUUUGGGACUCCAGGAGAGUUAUUAAUUCGAGGUUAUGUAAACAUGACUGGCUAUUAUAAUCAAGAAGAUAAAACAAAGGAAAUAAUAGAUUCUUCUAGAUGGCUACAUACAGGGGAUCAAUUUAUUUUGUAUGAAAAUGGAUAUGGACACUAUACUGGAAGAUUAAAAGACAUGAUAAUUCGCGGUGGAGAAAAUAUAUUUCCAAAAGAAAUUGAAUAUUUUUUGGAGUCCCAUCCGUCUAUCACCCAAGCUCAGGUUUACAGUAUCCCUGAUGAACGAAUGGGGGAAGAAAUAUGUGCAAGUAUAACAACAUUGAAUAAUGUAGAAAUCAAACAAGCAGAUAUAAAGUCAUAUGCAAAAGGAAAGCUUUCAUGCGAUGCUGAAAAGAUUUCACACUUUAAGGUUCCAAAAUAUAUAUUUACAGAAAAAACUUUCCCAAAAACAGGGUCCGGUAAAAUACAAAAGUUCAAAUUAAAAGAAAUUGCUACAAAACGUAUAUUUGAAAUGAAUAGAUUAUCACAAAUUAACUAAAAUAAACAAUUAAAAUUAACUAUUUUAUAACAAAAAUUAUUUCAAAUAUUUUUAUUUGUUAUAUUGUUAAAAAACCUGAUAUUUUUAUACUAGAAAUGAAAAUAUGUAAUUUUUAUAUAAAAAAUUCUGAAUAAUAAUGAAUGUAAUACAUUUUUGACAGCGUGCAUUUGUUUGAAUAUAAAGUGUAAG